UUCAGAUUCGUUUUGCUUCUUUUUUUUUUUCCGACGACACAAAGCUUCGAAUCCGAUCUUGUGUAUUUUCCGGGAAAACUAUACUGUAGAUAUUAUUGUUGAGAACCAAUUGAUUUGGCAUUGAUGGCGACGAGGAAUCGAACGACGGUGUACCGGAAACACAGGGAUGCGUGUAAGAGCGCGCGUGCUCCUUUAUCUCUAUCGGCGUCUGAUUCUUUCGGUGGCCCGGUGAUUGAAAUGGUUAGCGGUUCGUUUUCUCGGUCAAAUCACUCUUCUUAUGCUCCUUUGAAUUCCGAUGAUCCUGGUCCGUCAAGUAGUGAUGCCUUCACAAUUGGUAUGCCCCCAGCUUGGGUUGACGAUUCUGAGGAGGUUACAUUUAAUAUACAGAAGGUGCGAGACAAAAUGGGUGAAUUAUCGAAGGCUCAUUCUAAGGCUCUGAUGCCUACUUUUGGAGAUAACAAAGGGAUUCAACGUGAAGUCGAGAUGCUCAUUCAUGAUAUCACGGAUUUGUUGAGGAAUUCCGAAAAGAGAUUGCAGAAGUUAUCGACUAGAGGGCUUUCUGAAGAAUCAAAUCUCAGGAAAAAUGUGCAGCGUUCUCUUGCAACAGAUCUUCAGAGCCUCUCCAUGGAGCUCCGCAGAAAACAGUCUACGUAUUUGAAACGUCUCCAACAGCAGAAAGAGGGUCAGGAUGGAAUAGAUUUGGAAUUUAACAUGAAUGGAAAGAUGUCGAGACUGGAUGAAGAAGAUGAACUUGGUGGUUCGGGUUUUGAUGAUUACCAGACAAUCAAGAUGAAGAAAGGGCAACAUGUCUCAGCGGAAAGGGAAAGGGAGAUACAACAGGUUUUGGGGUCCGUGAAUGACCUUGCUCAGAUAAUGAAGGACUUAUCAGCUCUUGUGAUUGACCAGGGCACUAUUGUUGAUCGGAUAGAUUACAAUGUCCAAAAUGUUUCUACAUCUGUUGAGGAAGGGUUUAAACAACUACAAAAGGCGGAGAGAACACAAAGAGAAGGACCAAUGGUGAAAUGUGCGACGAUACUCCUUAUACUUUGUUUCAUAAUGAUUGUUCUUUUAGUCCUUAAGAAUAUUUUGCUUUAAUUAUACACACCUUGUCUUUUGUUGUAACAAACCAUACCAUGUUUUUCUUCUUGCUGAAUAUUAAUUUUUCCAAGUGUUUUAUUGAAUCUGGAGAAGUACUUCAUGUAA